AAAGAAAAGGAGGUGAAGAAGACGUAGCGGCAAAGUGGGCGGGGAGUUGUCCAUCAGACUUCCAGGUUGAAGAUUUUUUGAGCUCUAUUUGGUCUGAGGAGUAUCACUGUGACAUCAUGCUGCUGGUAUUGUCCGAAGAACAUAAGGAACACCUCAACUUUCUCAACAAGGUGGACGUGGCAGUGGUCGGAGAGUUUGGGCGCAUCGCACUGGAAUUCAUCAUGAGAGGAACCAGCCCCAAAGUCUACGAGGGAGCCGCCAGAAAGCUGUCGGUGCCUGUGGAAGUGGUGCGGAACGGCGUGGAGGGACUCAUGUAUCUCAUGACCCAGAGCUCCAAACACAUGUUGUCUGAGGUGGACUUUGUGGACUCAGUGUUGUCAUUAGAGUUUGGUGAUGAGCUCAACCAGCGCCUCCUACAGAUGUACCAGCAGCACCGUAGCGAGAUCCGCAGCGUCUUGAGUCUGGUAUCCACCAGCUUGCCCGCUUACCACAACCUGGAGUGGAGGCUCGAUGUACAGUUGGCCAGUCGCUCCCUACGCCAGCAGGUGGCCCCCACUUUGACCACCAAGCUGCACCUGACACACGGGCGCGGUUCUGGCACGGAGCGGAGCUGCCGGGUUCUCCACAUGGACCUGGGGACCCUCCUGCACCUUAUCUCCAUCCUGGAGGGGGCGCUAAGCACCUUGAAGAGCACGCACGCGCGCCGCAUCUUGCGAAACAUCAAAUGACGACUCGCACACGCUACAAUGCGGUCCAGAUGCUAGUAGCGCCCGCAAUUAAUGCGUACGAGUACACUAUUUCGUCCUCACUUUUAAAACAAGACCAGAAGAAUAACUGUGCCUUACUCGUGACAUUUUUCCACAACUCGCGCCCUUUUUGUCCUACUAGUAUAUGGACCAUGCUGGAUAGCGAGCUUCAGGGCCAUGUAAAUAGUAAGCUGAUUGUCUUCAAUAGUAUGACCAGAAGAAGAGUAGCUUUUCAUUGGCCCAAGCGCAAUGCAGGAAGGAGGAGUCACUGAUUUACGACGACAGUAUUGGCAUUGGCAAGUGGAUUUUCAUGUUAGCGCAUCGUUUUUUGCAUCUUAAUGUGUGUACCCCUAAACCGCGACUCGUAGGAAGUGGUGUUCUGCACGCAAUAUUUCUUAAAUGUGUUCAAAAGGUGACCAUGUCAAUCGCCUUCACCUUACCCCUUCUGUCAUUAAACGCUGCCUUUUUUUUCUUAUUGACUUAUUUUGAUUUGUGCGGCUAAAAAUGUGAUGUCAAGCUUGCUUGUACACUUGUUAACAAAGGUUGGAUGAUGUCACAGUCCUGGAAUAAAUGACUAUUUACAAUUCCUAA